AAUAUCUAUAGCAAACGGGUUUUGUGUGGACUCGGCUGAAUAAUCUGUUUAUCCCCUUUCUCUCUCUAGAUUAUCUCCUCACUCGCACCUCACCCCAGCUUCGUUCAAUUCAAUUCCGCAAUUCUGCAAUUCGCAAAACCAGCCUCCAUAGAUAUUUGUCUGACCUGGACACCAUCAUUUCAGAAAAGAAAUACUACUAGUGAAGGAAAAAGGGAAUGCGAAUCUUUUUGAUUCCCUGCCCUGCUGCUACUUACUACUGCUAUUAGCUAAAUUCAACUAAUCAUACUCUGCUUUCUUUCCAUUCCUAACCUUAUAGUUAAUUGGAGGUCAAUGAGAAUUGGAUUGUGGUUGUUUGAAUGUUUUGAGCACCGUUCUGUGCGUGCCUUGCUGUGUUUCCACACCGAUGCUUCCAAAUAGAUAUGGCUUCCGCAUCCUGUAUGUCAGUUCCGGUAGAAUGUGUGAACGUUUGUAAGUUGUGGAAAGGCAGCGAUGUGAGUGGAAGAUAUGAGUGCAGUGUGCUGUCGUGUGCGUGGAAGGCUCCCAGAGCAUUGACUGGUUUCCUUGCCAGUACCGCGCAUCCUUCUCCUCUUCAGCUGUCCACUCCAUAUAGGAGAAGAUAUCGCUUCACAUGUGGAUGUGAUGCCGUGGAUUCUGGAGGUUGGUAUAUUGAUAAAACUUCACCCAUUGCACUUGUGCAAAAGUUGUUACAGUUAAGUCAACCUCAUCUUCAUUGCUGUAAGUGGAAGUUGUAUUGUUCUUCAUCCAUGUGUUCUGAAUCUUCUGAGGAGAUCUCUCCGGGAACUUUGUGGGAGGAACUUAAGCCUACUAUCUCAUAUCUUUCUCAGAGAGAACUUGAACUGGUCCGUAGAGCUCUGGAUCUGGCUUUUGAGGCACAUGAUGGUCAAAGAAGGCGCAGUGGGGAGCCAUUUAUAAUUCACCCAGUUGCGGUUGCACAAAUUCUAGGAGAACUGGAAUUGGACUGGGAGUCAAUUGCUGCUGGUUUAUUACAUGACACCGUCGAAGAUACGAAUGUUGUUACUUUUGAAAGACUAGAGGAGGAGUUUGGUGCUACUGUUCGCCAUAUUGUAGAAGGGGAGACUAAGGUGUCCAAACUUGGAAAGCUCAAGUAUAAGGAUGAAGAUAAUUCUGUACAAGAUGUCAAAGCGGAUGAUCUUAGACAGAUGUUCCUGGCCAUGACUGAGGAGGUUCGAGUUAUUAUAGUCAAAUUAGCAGACAGGUUACACAAUAUGCGUACUCUUUCGCAUAUGCCUCCACAUAAGCAGUCCAGUAUUGCCGUGGAGACACUGCAAGUGUUUGCCCCACUGUGGGAUUCCUUGCAAGAUUCCUGCAAAAUCCCCAGGCUUAUCUGA